CCACACUGCUUCGCACUUGCCAUGGCGUCAAGCUCUCUGCUGCUGCUAGUGGUGGUGACCUGCCUGUGCAUCUGGAGCCUGACACUUGCGCAAAAUGUCAACGACUCACCGGUGCUGGACGUGGAGUCUGACGUGGUGUGUGAAGCGGCCACGGACUGCUUGGCGCAGGGUUUGAAGCACAGCACGUGUCGUGCAGGAGUCUGUGUGGACAACGCACUAUUCCCGCUAUCGCACGAGGAGAUCGCCGGGUCUAUUGGCGCGUUUGUGGCCACCAUCCUGGCUGCAGGAUCCGGUCUGGGUGGCGGGGGUCUGCUGGUGCCGCUGUACAUCAUGCUCAUGAGCAUGUCGUCACACGAGGCGGUGCCGCUUUCCAAGACCACAAUCUUUGGCGGCGCCAUUGCCAGUUUCUUGCUGAAUGUACGGAAACGCCACCCUCUAGUGCGCAGCCGUCCUCUGAUCGACUACGAGACGAUGCUCCUGAUGGAACCCAUGACGCUUGCUGGUACAAUUAUCGGCGUUAACAUGAAUGCGGUGUUCCCCGAGUGGCUCAUCACAAUUUGCAUCGUGUGGCUGCUGACCAAGACAGCUCUUCGCACAUAUAGCAAGGGCAAGAAGAUUUGGAAGGAGGAAGUUGAUGCUGACAACAAGAUCAUUAUGGACAUUGUGGCUUACUGGCGGUUGUUGCCGUACGAGUCGAACUUCAAGCAGUUCCAGGUUGUAGCGCGAGCGUAUUUAAAGUGGAAGGCUUACAAGUCGCCCGAGAAAGAGGAGCUUCGACUGAAGAUUCUGGCAGACGAGGCCAGUAGUGUGGAGGAACGAAAAAGCUCAUCAAAUAUUACAGAAGCGAGCACUGAGGAAGAGACGAGCAGCGACGAAAACGAGAGUGAGAAUUUGAUGAGUUGGGGACUGCAAGACAAGCGACCGGUGAAAUUCCUCUCGGUAGAGGAGAUCGCCAAGACACGUCGCACUGUCCCUAUGGCAGACAUGGGCGUGCUCUUCUUGACGUGGAUCGGUCUCGUGUUGUUUUCUAUGGCGAAAGGUGGCCACGGUACGCCCAGUGUUAUUGGUUUAUCAUGUGGAAGCAUUGGCUACUGGCUGCUGGUCAUCGUCUCGUUUCCCUUCUUCAUGAGCGUGACGAUCUACUUUGGUAUGAAGAUCAGUCGCUUCCACACGAUGUUGCAGGCGUCUGACUACACGUAUGCAAAAGGUGAUAUGAUCUGGACGAAAUUUGCAGUCGUCAAGUACCCAGCGUUGUGCACUGCCGCUGGCGUAGCCGCUGGUCUGCUGGGCAUUGGAGGUGGAAUGGUAAAAGGCCCGCUGUUAAUUGAAAUGGGUUUACUACCUCAAGUUUCGUCGGCGACGUCGUCGUCUAUGAUCCUUUUCACGUCCUCUGCUACUACGAUCCAGUUUAUAAUCCUCGGCACGCUGUCGGUGAACCACGCCUUGUGGCAUGGCGCGGUGGGUUUCGUGGCCGGCCUUAUCGGGCAGCUGGGUAUGUCGUACUUAUUCAAAAAGUACCGCAAGUCGGCGCUGGUGAUCUUCCUUGUCGCCGUCUUUAUCGGAGUCAGUGGCAUCGUCAUGGGCGUGCUGGGUGCAGUUCGUAUCUCGGAGAUCGGCUUCGGAGGCUUCCGCUCACUCUGCCUCAGCGGCUAA